AUCAUCUCAGUUGUCAGAAAUGGCGAUAGUGGGUAGGAUCAAGCUGGGUUCACCAGGCUUGGAGGUAUCGGCCCAGGGACUUGGUUGCAUGAGCAUGUCUUCUGGCUAUGGCACUCCUAAACCUGAACCUGACAUGAUCGCUCUCAUCCACCACGCCAUCCAGAGCGGCGUCACAUUUCUCGACACUUCCGAUGUCUACGGCCCACACACGAAUGAAAUUCUUCUCGGAAAGCUAUUGGCUCUGAAGGGAGGUGUGAAGGAGAAGGUUGAAUUGGCCUCCAAAUUCGGAAUCAGCUUUGCCGACGGCAAGGCUGGUAUCCGUGGCGAUCCUGCGUACGUGAGAGCGGCUUGUGAGGCCAGCUUGAAGAGACUGGAGAUCGAUUGCAUUGAUCUCUAUUACCAGCAUCGUGUUGAUACUCGUGUUCCUAUUGAAGUCACGAUCGGGGAACUUAAAAAGCUUGUCGAGGAGGGAAAAAUAAAAUAUAUUGGCUUGUCUGAGGCCUCAGCCUCAACAAUCAGAAGAGCACAUGCUGUUCAUCCUAUAACAGCUGUGCAGUUGGAGUGGUCAUUAUGGACAAGAGAUGUGGAGGACGAAAUAAUUCCAACCUGCAGAGAACUUGGCAUUGGAAUUGUAGCUUAUAGUCCUCUUGGACGAGGAUUCUUUUCUUCAGGAGUGAAGGUGGUUGAAAGCUUUUCAGAGAAUGACUUUCGGAAGGUUGAUCAAUAGAACAAGCUUGUCUCCAUCCAUCUAGUUUAUGCCUUGGAGGCUUGUAGGUAUCAUGUAAGUUCUAUCAACAGGGGGUACUGCCGUCCUGGACAUUGCCUUGAUAUUUGAACUUGCAGGAGAAUAGAAUUAUAUGGCUACAGCCUUUCUUCUAUACUGUCCUUGCUCCUCUCACUAAUUUAUGAGUUCAAUCUCAUGUGUAUGGGUUAAAAGGACUAGAGUUUAAAGAAUCCUUGUAUGCUUCUUCUUUUCUGUUUGAUGGGCUGCAUGUUUUCUAAUUCCUAUGUGCCAUAUUUGUUGCUGACUAGGUUAUUUUUUCGAAGGGGUGGAGGUGGGAAUUUGACGAGCAUUAGUGUCAUGUUUGCGUAGAAAAAAGGUCUUAUGAUAUCAAGUUUACCACUUCAACAUUGUCUUUUCAAACUUAUAAUUUAAAGAAGAUAACUGCUUGACUCGAUUACAAGUUUCCAGCACAAAUAAAUACUAUAAAACUCUACUGAGUCACUUCACUUAACAUUAAAGUUGAUAAUGAAAUUUGAGAUAAGUACUGAGUUACUUGACUUAACAUUAAAGCGUCAUUUUUACUGUUGCUUUGAAACGUUGAUGUCAUGAACUUUGGAGGACAUUCAAGUUUAUAAGUAAUGAAACUUUGUGCAUAAAUAACCUUCAAGGUAGUAAAUAUAUUUGGUUUAUCCUCUUUUGUAUCAUGCAAGCUGGUAAUAAACUAUGAGUUUGAGCAAGUUUACAAUUAUACUCUGUAAUAUGAAAUAUUGAUGAUGAUGGAGAACUGUUGGUAUGUUUGCUUGAGCUGUCACUAAUAAUUGAGAAAUGCCCCCUAAUUAUUUUUCGCUCUUAACCAUUUUUGGUGAGGAAGGGUGAAAAGAAAUUUUAAAAAAGAAGUGAAAGGAAAAUAAAAGUAUUAAGCUGCUUUAAAAUUUAAUGUUUCUUGUUUCUUUCCCAUUGUUAGAGCACAACGGCAUUGUGCAAUUCAUAUAACUAAUCCGAUUUAGUGGGAUAAGGCUUGUUGUUGUUGCAUCUUUCCCAAUUGUCAACAUGUGAGAUGAUUAAUGUGCACUGCAAAUAACAUGUAUUUUAGUUCAAAAUCUCUGGUUAUUAUCAUAUGUUUGACAUGGUACCAAUUUACUCACUUCGUAUCUAUCAUGUAAUAUCUUGCACGUUUGUGUCUAUGCGGCAGUGGAUGCAAUAUAUAAAAACAGACAAUCAGAUUAAAAAUUGUUAAAUGUUAUGAUAUGUAAGACAUGUAAUAACAUGCUACGACAGGCUUGUGCCUUGAGUGUUGCAGCAUCCUUCUGAAGGUUGAGAUAUAAAAUUUGUCAUACCUGACACUUUGCUUCAAUGUAAAUGAUGGACACAAUUCCAUAUCCAUGCUUGAAACAUCCGUUGUUGAUAGAUUGACAUCAAGAUAUAAUCUGCUUCAUGUAUGUAU